UGAAAAAGGGUCAAUACUUCGAGACCGAGCAGAUGUUCCGCGAAGCAGGCGAAUCCUGGCCCGUUAUCAUCCCCAACCAAGAGCUUUCCCAGACCGCACCCCCCACCAAAGUGUUGUUCUCCGGCGAGUUGGAGGUUGCCGCUGACGAAGACGAGCAUGCAGGCGUUGACGCCGGAGGGCUGGCAGUCGACGGUGGAGAUGGAGUGGUGGCACUGCUGGAAAGGGAGGGAAGUGAGUUUGGUGACGAUGUAGGGGGCGCCUUGGAUCUUCUGGCCCUCGAAGGUGAGCAUGGAACCAUCCUGAUAGAGACCCACCAAGCCUGCUCUGUUGGUGUCGAAGGUGCUGUAGUAGUGCUCUACAAGGCUUGGAAGCAGGGAUUGGAAACGGGGGUUAACGGGGGUUUAUAA